CUGUAUGGCAGAAUCUAAUCAGAGAUCAAAGUCCGCGCUCUGACCAACAGUUAGAGCAGAGUAUGUUUUUGGUUUUACCCCUCACUGUCUAUACUCUUCCCUCCUUGUUGACUCCUGAUUGUGUGGAGAGGGACAUCUGCUUGGAUUCAGUUGAACAUCAUGUUGCUCCGGACUGGGGCCCUGCUCUUCCUCUUCACCUCCCUGGGUAGCUGCGCCACUUUAGUCUACUUCCAGGCUGAGGCAGCAAAGGUGGAGGCUCCUGCUGUGGAGCCAGGUGCUGAUGGCGAUGGAAUAUUCACCGUGAACAAGCAGGGAGGUGAAAAGCCUGAAACGGAGACCUUUGUGGCCCAUGAUGCAACAGAGACGGACAUUGGAAAGCCUGCUGGAGACGCUCCUGCAGUGGAUCCUCUCAGUGUGGAAGCUGUGAAUGUGGAACACGUUUCCUCUCGGGGGGAGACCAACGAGAUCAGACCCAUCCAGACAAACAAUUCCCCAAACAAACCCCCGCCACAAGAAGAUGCCAGCAUCUGGAGCAUGGACUCACUCAGAAACGGUGUUCAGACCGUGCACGGAUACUUUGACUCCCUGGUGGAGCUGGCUGGAGGGCACAACGGAGUGUGCCAGUACCGCUGCCGACACGGAGGACGUCCACAGCCUCGUCCUGGAUACCAGCUCCCAGAACCCGACGGCUGCAGCUCCGCUCUGGUGGGAUUUCAACUUGAUGUGGGAAUCCCCGCCAUGACGAAGUGCUGCAACCAGCUUGACGCCUGCUAUGACAUUUGUGGCAGGAACAAGUACGACUGUGAUGCCAAGUUUCGCGUGUGUCUGCACGCCAUCUGCUCCGACCUCAGGAGGAGCCUCGGCUUUGUGUCCAAGGUGCGAGCUUGUGAAACCAUGGCAGACGGUCUGUACAGCACGGUGUGGACUCUGGGUUGUAGGUCUUACAUGAACAGCCAGAGGGCGGCCUGCGUCUGCCCGGGCGAGGAGAGGGACGAGCUGUGACACAGACCUCUACGGACUAGUAACACAGUCACGGACUCUGCAUUUACAGGCCCUUUGUCUCACUCGAGCUGCACAAGAGCCCACUUGUGACUCGUGGAGACCGGAAAUUAAAAAAAAAAAGAAAUGAGGGAUUCCAGUGGACUGUUUUGUAGGAUUUAUUAAUAUGCAGUGGUGACAGAUAUUACACGUCUGGAUAUGACUUUCAGCAGCCUAAUGAAUUGCUCAUGCAUAUCUAACCAUCUUUACUCCUCUUUAUAGGCCAAAUUUAGGCCUCCAUGACUCCAUUAGCAUAAAUUACUUGAUGACUCCAAACAAACCAGCUGAUAGGAAGAUGGUGAUUAUUAUGCAGUCUUAUUAAUUGUCUCUUGAUUGAAAGGAAGAAAGUAAUUGUCAGAGUAAGGGCUCAUUGCAUGCUAAUGUCUAAAGCUUGCAUGCUCAAAGGCCAACUCAGUGUUACGUAACUGCGUUGCUCAUUAACACUACUUUGUUAAUGUUUGAUGUAAGUUUUAUGGUAGUUAUGUGUUACUUUUUAGGAAUAAGUGUGAGAGUAAUUGCAGUUUAACUGACAUGAUUACCUCUAGAUUAAUCCUCAGGGUGAUGAAGCAUGUGCUAAAGUUACUGGCGCAUCUUACUAAUAUCCCCUUCCUGCCACACUGUGAUGCGUGACAUGCUCCCCAGCCAUCGAUUACGCUCAGCAAACGAGUCAGAAUGCAUCUGCGGAUGUCCCGCUUGGAUUUUCCAAGUCAGCGAUGGUGUAAAAUAUAAAUCAGUCUUAUGAAUCCUCUAAGUCUCUAAGCUGUAAUCAAAUCUGAGAAAUGCCCCAAAGUGUGACCUAGAAAAACAUCCGUCAUGCUGUAGCAGCUUGAAGUGAACCGAGGCUCCUCUGAAUGGCUUCUAAUAGAAAUGUCAGUCACUUUUAAUGUCAGUGAGUUUUGCUGCCAACGUGGUAAAGAUACACAGGCUUAAAUGUGUUAAAUCAUCACCAGCAAUAUGAACGACAAGGGGACUAUGAAAAAAAGGACUGAGUGUGUAGAAGUCUACUUGUGUGUAUGUGGGAUAAAAAGGGACAGUGCAAUGGGCUGCUGUGUAUGUAUGCCAAUGUUACAAAGAAAAUAAACGAUAAAACU